ACGCGCGCUUCCUUUCAUCUGCCUCGGUCAGUCCCGCCGGCUGGGGUCAGGCACUCCCUUACAAGGGAGGCGACCAUGGCCGGAGGAACUGCGAGGAGAUGAGGCAGCCGCGGGAGAGCGAGCGAGCGGGCGGGACGAUAUUCCAGUUCAGAGUAAGGUUUGAUGGUUCUCCGGUGGUUGGCCAGGCUGGCAGGAGGUGAUGGGAAUUGUAGUCCAUGAACAUCUGGAGCACCAUAGGCUUAGGAUUUGACAUGUGGUGGUUCCAGCAAGGGCUGAGUAUCUUGCCUUCAGCCCUUGUAGUCUGGUCAUCUGCUUCAUUUAUAUUUUCCUAUGUUACUGCAGUCCUUCUUCGUCACGUUGACCCUUUGGUGCCUUACAUCAGUGAUACAGGGACAGUACCUCCUGAAAGAUGUUUGUUUGGGAUUAUGUUAAACGUUUCUGCUCUUUUGGGCAUUGCUACCAUGUAUGUCCGAUACAAGCAAGUCUUUUAUUUGAAUCUUGAAGAAGCUGCAAUCCUCAAGUUAAAUAAAGCUGGCUUGGUGUUAGGAAUGGUCAGUUGCUUUGGGCUUUGCGUCAUUGCAAACUUCCAGAAAAGCACUCUGAUUGUCAUGCAUGUAGUUGGAGCUUGUCUCACAUUUGGAGUAGGAACCUUUUACAUGAUCGUUCAGACCAUUCUUUCCUAUAAGAUGCAACUCACAAAAAAGAGUGUCUUCAGGAUCAGAUUGGUGGUUCUGUUGUGGUGUGCAGCCAGCAUAGUGAGUAUGUUUAUUUCUUCAGUCAUUUUAUAUAGUGGCUGGUAUGGAGUGGAUUUAAUACAGAAGCUGCACUGGAACUCCAACGAGAAAGGAUACAGUAUUCACAUGACAAGCACAGUCUCUGAGUGGUCUUUGGCUUUCUCUUUCCUUGGUUUUUUUCUUACUUACAUCCGUGACUUCCAGAAAAUUACCUUGCAUGUAGUAGUGCAGCUGGAUGGAUACAGUCUUAACUGUACAAAUCCACAGUUUACUGAUGAACCACGACAGCCAAUCUCAGGAAACUUGUGAGAAACGAUUAAUAGGAUGUGUUCUUACUCUCAGUAACUCAGGAAUUUUGACAUCUGCCCUACUAGCAAGUCCUAACCAAGAGAUGCCUGAAAGUGUCCUUUUCACUAGCCUGGCAAAUGUAACAGUUUUUAGGAUUGAGCCUAAAAUGCAAGAAGUGCAAAUAUGACAUGUUGUGUAUUUUAUAUGAAAAUAAUGAAGGAAUAUGACUGAAUACUGUUAAUCAUGUAUGUGAAAGAAGCUUUUAAUUAAUGUACAAAACUGUGCAAUUCUUAACGUGUAGUAAUAUUGUCAGCAACUAGCUGGAACACAUUUUAAUUUUUUUUAAUGACUAUUAAAUGUACAGAUUCA